CUCACUGAAAUGAAUCAGACGCACACGCUCAUGCAGUCACUGGUGUCGCGCUUUCUUAUUGAUGAGGAUCUGAUUUACUCCACAGCUGCUUUUCUCACAUUUACUGAUACUCCAAUCAAAAUCAUUCAUCAGGUGGGUCGUGUGGCACUUGCGCCCCCUGUUGGCAUGAGUGCGUGCGGGAGGAAGGCUCUGACCCUGCUGAGCAGCGUGUUUGCAGUCUGCAGCCUGGGUCUGCUGGGUAUCGCUGUCAGUACAGACUACUGGCUUUACCUGGAGGAGGGCAUCAUACUGCCUCUUAACCAGAGCACUGACAUGCGCAUGGCCAUUCACUCCGGCCUCUGGAGGGUCUGUUUCAUCGCAGGUGAAGAGCGAGGUCGCUGUUUUACUAUCGAGUAUGUGAUGCCUAUGAGUGUCCAGCUGACCAGUGAGUCUACUCUCAGUGUUUUGAAGAUGAUUCGUUCGGCGACGCCGUUCCCACUGGUCAGUUUGUUCUUUAUGUUCAUUGGUUUUGUGCUGAACAACAUCGGACACAUUCGGCCCCACCGCACCAUACUGGCGUUUGUCUCUGGAAUCUUCUUCAUCCUGUCAGGUCUGUCUCUGGUGGUGGGUUUGGUUCUGUACAUCUCCAGCAUAAAUGAUGAGAUGUUGAACAGGACCAAGACCAAUGAAGCGUACUUCAGCUAUAAGUACGGCUGGUCAUUUGCGUUCGCCGCCAUCUCUUUCCUGCUCACAGAGAGUGCAGGUGUGAUGUCUGUCUACCUGUUCAUGAAGCGAUACACAGCGGAGGAAAUCUAUCAGCCCCACCCCAGCUUUUACCGGCCGCGCCUGAGCAACUGCUCGGAUUAUUCGGGUCAGUUCUUGCACCCCGAUGCCUGGACGCGAGGCCGCAGCCCAUCAGACAUCAGCAGCGACGCCUCGCUUCAAAUGAACGCCAGCUACCCGGCCCUGCUCAAGUGUCCUAACUAUGAUCGAAUGUCUUCAUCGCCCUGCUGAAGGACAGAGGAGACGACAGAUGGCAGUGUGUGUCACAGAUGGAUAAAGGGUUUUAGUAGUUGAAUGUCAAUCUGAUGCGAGUUGUUGUCGUUUGCUGUUCUUUGCCUUAUCAGACUGCUGGAUUACACUUGACUUCUGACGUACUGAAAAAAAAUUACUUUCUUACCUAAUAUUUUAACUUGUUUUUAGUACAAAUAUCUAAACAUUUUUGUCAUUUUGCUCACCAUAAAAAAGCAUCUGGAUUUAAGAAAAUAUGUCUAGUUUAUAGACAAAAAAGCUACAUUUUAAGUGAAUAUUCUUAAGUGAAUUCUGUUCUUAAGUGAAUAAGAAAAUGUUUCUUGAUUUUUAGAUAUCUUUACUGAAAACAAGACAAAAAUACUAAUUAAGAAAGUCAUUUUUUGCAGUGUAUAGUGAACUUUAUUGGUGUCAUUUCAUUCCAGCAGGUGUCAGUAGAGCAUCAUGUGUCUUGUGAUUGCUGUAAACUGUUGAAUGAUUGACACAAGGAUAUACACACUACACUACUGGCUAUAGAUUUGUGUAAAUAUAUAGGGUAUAAAUAUGAAUUUCAGAGAUAUAUUGUAGCUAUUCUAUUAAAACUAAACUUCUAGCUCAAUCUGCUUUAAAUAUUAAGAUUAAUUGUAUUUUAAGAGUGCAUUGAUAUGUAAUUAUCAAACUUCUGUUGUUCUGACAAAAUGAAAGGUAAUAAAUAAUGGAGUUAAUCUAUGUUUAAUAACUGAAACAGCUUGCACUGAUAUGUCAAUGGCAUUGUCUCAACAUGCACACCAGUAUUGUUUUUUCAGUAUUGUAAGGUUUGUUUGUAAAAACGACCUAAAUAUUUUAAUGUAACUAAGUCCUAGUACUGGACUAAUUUAAACGCUGUCCCAUUGUGUGCUAUAUGAUUAUCUUACAUAAUAUUAGCUUUUUUGCUGAAAUCAAUGUAGACAUUUUCCAAAACUUGUAUUCUAUAACAUUUUCAGUCCAUAUCUGGAAAUCAUUUAUGUGGAGUUUACUGUAGGUGUAUUAAACCGUAUUCUUUGUGCACAUGUUUAUGAAA